AUGACCGCCAUGCCCGGACCAAGUUCAAGGGCCGUUCAAAAAUCGCGCAAGGCGAGCACGGAUCACAACGAAAGGCAGCAACAACGCAGAUGGAUACAGCUCAUCGAAUCAUGGCAGAGCUCUAGCAAAGAAGCUGAGUCGUUCGGUACGGUCUUUCGCGAUGAGCUGGUAGAAGAGAUCUCUCACCAAGCACAGGUUCUCUGCCGCAUCAUCAAGGACCGUUCUUGGCUUCUCGAUGCUUUCCAGAUGGCUAUCGAUGCUAUUCUCUUCGUCAAUCUAGAUGGAGUCGCGUCAGAAGAUGGCGCCGAGCUGUCCCGUAUCGAGCAGCUCGGGCAACAGCUGCUCCAGCUUGCGAUACACUCGGUCGCAGCGCCAUACCUCAACAGUUUGAAGGCUCAAAACGCAGACGACACGCGCUUACGCACGGUGAUGGACACAAUGGCAGAGCUCGAACAAUUUUCGAGACGACUGUCGAUGUACGAGCGACAGCGCGGUCUCACGCAAAAGUUGACUCUGCCGACACUGCCACUGUCGUUGGUGCUGGAAGAACCAAGCAGGACCGUCUUGCUAUGCCUGGCGUCUCUUCCUGAGGGCGCCGAGGCGAUCGGACCGCUCCUGCAGAGCUUCCCUUGGCUCGUGUCCGAGUCUGCUCCCGUGCGGCUAUCAAUCCUCUCCCAACUGCUGACCACCAACGCAGGAAGCAAGGACGACUAUGCUUCCCUGGCCGCAUCUGGCCUCCUCAUCGGCUGGAAGGGUGGUCGCGAAUCUGGCAUCUGGAAAACAGCGCAAGGAGCGCAUCAGCUUUCUCCGCACGAUGUAAUCGCAGUCUACAGCGAGGCCAUUCAGAGUCUAACCCAGAUCGGCUCUGGGGCCCAGGCGGACGCGCUGAUCGACCUGCUAACGGGAGAGUUGCAAGGACAGGAAGCACAGCAGGCUCUGUCGCAGCUUCGAGCAAUAGCAGCGUCGUCCACACAAUCUCGUGACAAGCAGCAAGACGAACACGACGCCGCCAAAUUGGCUACAAGGCAACGCUUCGACCUCCUUUCUAUUCAAGGCAUAGCAUCGAAGAUGUCUUCGGUCGGUCAGAACAACGACGCCCGCAGGCAGCUUGCGAAGGAGCUGCUUUCGACGUCAGGCACUGGUUCGGCUGCUAAUCGCGUGGCACAGCUCAUCGACACCAACGAUGGCGCCUCGGCCCGCAGCUUUGGUCUUGCUGUCGUGUCUCAAGCAGCAAGCUCGCCGGCUUCUGUCGGGAUGGCCCAUCUCACGGCCGCGAUACUAUACGCGAGGCCUGCGGUCGGACGCUUCCGCUUGGACCUCAACACGCCUCAGUCUCUGCUCAAGGAGGCCGAUGCGGUUCUCGCUCAGCUCAAUCAGAGACACAACGAACACACGGCUAGCUCCAACAGCUCACAGCUUGGUAUCGCCCUACGCUCAGCGCUGCAGCUCGAUUCGCAGAGCGCGGUGCCUGCGUGCCAGCUGCUAGCACUUCUGUUGAGCGGCCUGAGGGAGGACGACGCCAAAUUGCUCAACGACGCUCAGCUGCAUCUUGGCUGGUUGAUAUCCAUCGCUGAAUUGAUAGAAGGACAGAGCCACAAGCCUUCCGAUCUAGAUCUGUGCUGGCUCGCCGCGUAUGGCGGUCUUCACCAAUCGGACGGCUCAACGCAAGCAAAGGAAGAUACCGAGCAGCAGCAGACGACAGCUUUCGACUCGCUAUUGGCAUCCUUCGACGCAGCACAUCCACCGCCGUCGUCGCUCGGCGGCCGUCCCGAUCGCCCUGGCGUCACAGACCCCGCCUUGCUGCGCUUCCGAGCCGCCUGGGACGCCUUCUGCCAUCGGCUGCUCGAGCUGACAGGCUCAGCCUCGCUCUCGGCACCCUUUGCACUCGUUCCAGAGAGCCACGCUGUCCAACGCCUGCUCUCGCAGAUCCUCCGCACCGGCGACGUCGAUCUCUUCCGCUCACUCUCCACCAGCAGAGCCUCAGCGACACUCUCACCUUCGCAACUCGAAGCCCUCGUCCUCGACGUGUCGACUGAGCUCUUUGACAAAUCCAACGUCGCUUCCACACGAAGUCGCGAUGUCCGGCUUUCGCUGGACGUUCUUUCUGCCCUUCCCGCCAACUCGGCUCGCGCCAAAGCCCAGAAGGACUUUAUCGAAGCCGCCUGUCGACUGUCCUCGUUCAAAGUCAAAUCCAUCCUGCACCCUGGAUCUCUGAUGGAGCCUCUCGAGAUCCGGUCGACGCCGGACAAGCUCGAGCUGGUUGCCCGUCUGUUAGCUACGCAAGGGGACGCGCAUCGGUCGCCCGAACUCGUGCUGGAUGUGGCGAACCGACUGUGCGGUCUGAGUCCGUCGGAUCGGACGCUGGUGGAAGCGCGAACGCUGGCGAUGCUGGCAGACGCCGCGACUGCAGCGGAGGACUUUGAAGACGCCUCGGGUUUCUGUCAGAGGCUGGUGGACAAGGUUGCUACCACCCGCACCCGACCUUCGGCAGCAGCGAUCGUGGAGAUUGCCUGGAAGACGUGUUUCCAGCUCUCCAAGCAUCCAGCGUGGGAAGACACGCCGGAGCGGAUCACGAUGCUGGCGCACGCCAUGACGAUGUGUCCGCCGAACCAGUUGGGUGGGAUGCUGCGGCAGUGGGCGACGUUGGAUGCGCAGCUGGCGCGCGAGGUGGGUGAAGGAAAAAUGUUUGCCAGUGCCAAAAAGGCGGCGUCUGCAGAGGGCGGGGUUGGGGGAGGAGGGUGGCUGGGUGGGAAAGGCGAGUAUACGGCGGCAAGUGUAGGGGCGAUGGUGGGGAGCGCGGCCAACAUGCUCCCGUUGAGCUUUAGUCCGUUAAGUUACUUUGGUAAUGCUGCUACGGGUACUGGUGCGGUGGUCCAGAGAGCGGGAGGGGUGGCGAAGGAGGGAGAAGUGGAUGCGAGGACGGCCAAAUUGUUUGAUUUUGAUGGUGUUUCGGGUGCUUCCGGUGAAGGUGGCGGGGGUGCUGGUGGAGCGGGAGGAUAUGUGGACCCGACAGAGAGGGCGGUCCGCGCGGCGAGGGCGGCGAGAGAUUUCUUGGGGUGGAAGAGCGAUCAGCCCGGAUCGCAGCAGGACCAGAAGCAGCAGCAGGGAGGUGGCGGAGGUGGCGGGCUGGGCGGCUUUUCGUUGAGUCGCGGAGUGGGUUGGCUCAUUGGUGACGGCGAGAAGCGUUGA